AUGGAAAAUCAGACCACAAUUGUAACUUAUUUCGUCUUCUUGAGGUUUUCAAAUGACCCACCAGUUCAAUUUUUCCUCUUCCUGACAUUCUUCUUCAUCUAUGUAGUAACACUAAUGGGAAAUAUUACAAUUAUGAUGGUAAUAAGGGGCGACAAUACCCUCACCAGCCCAAUGUACUUCUUUCUGAGUCAUUUAUCAUUUAUAGACAUCUGCUUUUCUUCCGUCACAGUACCUAAACUGCUAGACAACAUUUAUGGAAACCUGGCAAUAUCAUACAAUAGCUGCCUCACCCAGAUGUUUUUCUUCUUACUGGCAGGAACCACUGAAUGUUUCAUUCUUGCAGCAAUGGCUUAUGAUCGAUACGCUGCCAUCUGCAAGCCCCUGCAUUAUGUACAAAUCAUGAGUAGAGUAUUUUGUAGAUGGCUGGUGGGCACUGCAUGGACAAUAAGUUUUUUUAAUGCCAUGGCAAAUACAUUAUCUGCAUUGAAUAUAGUGUUCUGUGGUCCCAACAUAAUCAACCAUUUCAGCUGUGAACUUCCAUCUUUACUUGUGUUAUCCUGUACAGAAAUAUCCCUGAGUACCAUUAUAUUCUUAAAGACUGGUGGCACACUUGCAAUUUUUUCAUUCUUUGUUAUUUUUCUAUCCUAUGUUUAUAUUGUCUCUUCGAUCCUGAAGAUUCAUUCAGCAGAAGCUAGAAGAAAAACCUUUUCCACUUGCAGUUCCCACCUCAUUGUUGUGAUUCUGUUCUACAGCACUGGCUGCCUUAGGUAUAUGACACCCAUAGCCUCCUCAAUAAUUAUGGAUGAAUACUUUUCCAUUCAAUACAGCAUCUCAACACCCAUGUUGAACCCCAUUAUCUACAGUUUAAAAAACAGGGAGGUGAGGGAAGCUAUCAAGAAACUAAUGGGGUACAAGCCAUUGAACUCUUGUAAUUUGUAA